UGGCUACACAUCCAAUCCAAUCCAAUUCAUGACGCCAUUGACGCCAUCAUGGCGGCCGUUGCAAAAUCGAGUCCGAAACCGCGCCAGCCGCGUAUCAUCAAGAAAUCGCUCCUAGCGUCCCCCUUCCCGGCCCAGAAGUGGCCGACGGUGAACGAAGACUGCCGCGCGAAACUGCUCCGAUUCUUCGAGGCCGCCAGGGGCCCGUCGAACGAAUGGAGGAAGCACGUGGUCCUCGGCCUCAACGCCGUCACGCGCGCCCUGGAAAAGAGCCGGCUGUCGGCGAUCUUGCUCAACGUGUCAGCCGACCCUCCCCGACUGCUCCACGGCGUUCUCAGACUUGCUAGGGUCCGAUCCGUUCCCGUGCUGUGCGUGCGAGGCCUCGUGGACUUCGUCGGGCAUCCAGGGGUGUCCUCCCUACUGGCCGUCGGAGUGCGAUCCACUCCGAAACCGUCGGCCCAACUGAGCGCUUUCGUGCAACUGGUCUCCCAGAACAGUCCUUCCGUCCCAGAGGCGGCUGUUCAGCCGAACCCGACUCCGGAUGAUCGCGUUGCUCCCGUUAAGGAACGGACGUACAGCAAGGUACCCAAGCCUCCGAUGCCAGACUUCGCCGAACUCUACGUUGUGGCGGAUCCGCAGAUUCCGCAGUUGUUUUCGUCGCACAUCGAACUUGUGGAUGAGAAUGCCUUGGGGUUCCCAGACUACGGUGCGCGAGACGACGGGCCCGCGGUGUUCGAGAAAGGCGAAGUUGGGGUGGAGAGGAAGGCGGCGAAAAGGACUCCUGGCAGGGGCGACGGACAGACGUUGUCUCAUUUCGUCGAGGCGAAUGUCAAACAGGUCUUCUCCCGUGGUAGACUCAAGGAGAAGCGGAACAAACUCAAAAGGAAGCAGUAGGCGCAGUAAUACAUCCACGGUCUUUCGAGAUGCCUUGGCUUGUUCCACAUAAAACUAAUAUGCCCUUUGCAAAA